AUGCUUCGUCAAGUAAAGCCCAAAAAUGCACGCACUAAGCGUGUAAUGGAUAAACGCGAGCCAAAACUCUUAGAGGGAGCGAAAAUUGCCCUUUUCUUAAGAGGAAACGCGACUUCGCAGCUCGUUGUUGAUGUUUUACACGAUUUACACUCUUUGAAGAAGCCAUUUGCGGUUAAUUUUCAAAAAAAGAAUUCCUUACUUCCUUUCGAGGAUAGUUCUUCAUUGGAGUUUUUUUCUGAGAAAAACGACGCUGGUUUGGCCGUUUUUGCUACCCACAACAAAAAAAGACCCCACAAUUUAGCUUGGAUUCGCUUCUUUGAUUAUCACGUAUUGGAUAUGAUUGAACUUGGCGUCGUUGAUUAUAAGCCGAUUUCUUCUUUUCAUACUGUACCUAUUGUACCUGGCACGAAGCCCAUGAUGCUCUUUCAAGGCCCUUCUUUUGAUUCCCAUCCUGUAUUCCGUCAUGUUAAGUCAUUAUUUUUGGACUUUUUCCGCGGCGAACCUAUUCAAAAGUUGGACUCUGCAGGUUUAUCUCACGUGAUUGUUGUUUCUGCGGGUGAAGCCAGCGACGAUGAAACACAACCUUUACCAAAAGUUAAUUUCCGGGUGUAUUCAACGAAAUUAUUGAAGUCAAAGACGAAUCUUCCUCGUCUUGAGUUGGAGGAAAUGGGACCUCGACUCGAUUUUAGCAUUCGUCGUGUUCAACCUGCUCAAGCUGAUGUUCUUAAAGAGGCCUUGAAGAAACCCAAGACUCAAGAACCCAAGACCAAAAAGAACGUGGACGUUGAUGUGGUUGGUAACAAGGUUGGCCGUAUUCAUGUGGAUCAGCAAGAUCUUAGCGAUAUGCAAACUCGUAAAAUGAAGGGUUUGAAGCGCUCCGCUGCCGAAGUAGAAGAGGAGGAAGAUGAAUCGGAAGGCGAAGAUGAAGAUGAAGACGUUGUUUCCGACGUUGAGUAG